AUGAGGUUUAGUUUCCAACAUGCGCUCUCAGGGCUUUGGCUCCUCUUUUCGAUUGCCUUUGUUGCUGGUAGUCCAGUAAACAAUAUUCACAGCCUACAGCGUCGCGACACGAAUGUCACGGCGCCAGUCAACAGAACGAUGCCUUUUGGUACCAUCAAGACUAGCCAAGACGGAUACAUUGUGCGGGCCACUUUCGACCACGGACCGAUCAAUAUCAUGGACUGGUCGAUGGUACAAGACCUUGCGACAUUCGUCGACUCUCUGAAGAAUGAUUCCUCUGUGAAGGUAGUCAUAUUUGACAGUGCGAAUCCCGAGUUCUUCAUCGCUCAAUUCUCAUUGUUGAAACAUCCAAAUGUGCCUGCUCCAAUUGACCAGGUGAAGCUAUUUCUAAAUGCGACUGAGGCAAUUGCAACGCUGCCGAUCGUGUUCAUUGCCGAAAUUGCCGGUAGAGCUCGCGGUGCGGGAAACGAGUUUAUUCUGCAAUGUGAUAUUCGAUAUGCGGCCAAAGAUCGCGUCUUCCUUGGAAACUUUGAAACAGCUCUUGGUAUGAUUCCAGGUGGUGGAGGUAUCUCAUACUUGCUCAAUCUUGUCGGAAGAGCAAAGGCGAUGGAGUAUGUCAUCUCCGGUAAAGAUAUAGGAGCUGAGGAUGCGGCCGCUGUCAAUUGGAUUAAUGGCGCUUAUGAGUAUUCAGAGUUGAGCUCUGUUGUCAACAAUUUUGCUCAACGUGUUGCAAAGUUCCCUGCCGACGGUAUUGCAGCAGCAAAAGCACGGAUUAAUGUUGGCAAGCCGCCUUUUCAGGAAAUCCUGGAUGACUAUAAUGCCUGGGUAGAACUUGCAAAGACACCUGCCGCUCAAGACCUUGUCGCAAAGGAAAUGAUUCUGUCUCAGAACGAAGGAUACACGGAGUAUCAGCUCUUCGAAGGCGAUGAGGUCAUGGAGGUCUAUAACAUGUAA